UUGAAGACGGAGUUUUACCAGUGUAUUUAAUAGACGUACAAAGUCGAACAGCGACAAUAAUGAUCGUCUCCAGUACAGCGAUAGCUCUACUAAUCAUAAUGGAAGUAAUAGCUCAAAGGACAUAUUAUGCCGAGCCUCCAUCACCGCCUAAGAUAGAUUAUAGACCGGACAAAUGGUUAACCAGCACUGCAACAGAUAUGUGGUUUGGAAAGCAGACUUUUACAGAUAUUCUUGGACGAGAUUUGAAAGAGUUGGUCAAACGAACUAUUAGAUUAGGUCGGUCAACUACCAACCACAUCUUGAAAUACAGGCAGGUCAAUAAUACAAUAAAUUCAGCGCCGAAGGAGCUCAUAAGCCAGAUUUUGCAGAAAAUGCGAGCAAAUAAUACGCAAUUCUAACAGAAAAGGAAAUACCAUUUUGUCCGAGUUAAACAACCAUUCAUAAGUAAUCCGGAGAAACUAAAGAAAAGAAGACAAUUUUGUAAAAUCAGUUACCGGCGGGACGACCCAGGUAUCGCUGGGAGGACAAUGAGGUGGCGGAUCUGCGUCGACUUCAAGUCAGUGACUGGCAAGAGGCUGCGCAGAAUCGGAACAGGUCCAUAUAACAUAUAUUUUCUUUUUGUACAUACAUACAUCAGAGUAUGAAUUCAGCGUGUCGUCGCAAUGUCGUUCUACAUACAACCGAUGA